AUGUUUAGUUCAUCUGCUCCUAGCGAGUUGGAAAAGGCCAUUGAUAAGGCCACCGACCCCAAUCUUACUUCUGAAAACUGGGAGUACAUUAUGGACGUUUGCGACCGCGUCAAUGAUGACCCUGAAAAUGGUUCUGCUCAAGCUGUUUCUAUUAUUCAAAAACGUCUAGAGGGAGAUGUGGCUAACCGCCAGCUUUAUUCACUAACCCUCAUUUCUGCUCUCGCUCAAAACUGCGGCUCUAAGAUGCACCGCGAACUGGCGUCUCGUAGUUUUACUGGUCAUCUCUUGGAAAUGGCUUCAGAAAACCGAAUUCACCAUGCUGUCAAGUCACGAGUCAUGGAAGUUAUGGAAACUCUUUCUCGUGAAUUUCAUGGUGACCCUUCUUUGCGUCAAAUGGAAGACGCGUUUAAUAUGGUUAAGCAACAAAACCCCAACUUAGCGCCACCCGCAGUUCCUCAAAAACACCAACUCACUGAGGCUGAGCGUCAGCAAGAAGAAGAUGAUCUUCAACUUGCUUUAAAGUUGUCUCUUCAAGAUGCUGCUCCUUCUGCUUAUUCGUUAUAUCAACCAAAGAAUGAAAGCUCAAAUCAACUCCAGUCUCAACCUCAGCAACAGCAACAACAAUCUCAGCAAUCUCAACAACAGCAACCUCAGCAAAAGCAAACUGAAACUGCAAAGGGGAAAACUGCUGCUACGGUUAACCGUGUGCGUGCACUUUACGAUUUGUCUUCAGAUGACCCCAAUGAACUUUCAUUCCGUCGUGGUGAUGUCAUUACAGUCAUUGAAAGUGUUUAUCGCGACUGGUGGAAGGGUUCGCUUAAGGGCAAUGUUGGUAUUUUCCCUCUUAAUUAUGUCACUCCUAUUCCUGACCCCACUCCUGAAGAACUCGAGCAAGAGGCGCGUGACGAGUCGGAGGUGUUUGCCGAAGCCCGUAAUGUGGAAAAGCUUCUUGCCAUUCUUAGCAGCAUUGAUGGUCCUGGAAGUGCAGGUGCUGCAGAAGACGAAGAGCUGCAAAGACUUUAUCGUUCAACACAAGCAGUUCGUCCUCGCUUGAUUAAAUUGAUUGAAAAGUAUUCGCAGAAAAGGGAUGAUCUGAUUGACUUGGACAAGCGGUUCAUGGCUGCACGCAAAACGUAUGACCAGCUCAUUGAGACGUCACUUUCGCAAAUCCCAGCAAAUCCUUUAUCUUAUUCUUCCAGUGCACCAUUUGUUCAACCACCGCUUCAGCAGCAACAACAACAAGUUCCAUUCCAGACUCCCUCUCAACAACAUCAACCUUUGUACGGAUCACAAGCUCCAAUUACUUCACAACCUACUGGGUCUUAUAAUAAUCUUUCAUCCUCCUCACAAAAUCAAAACCUGCCGUCGACCACUCAACCUCAGCAAUCUUCUUACUUGACAUCACAAUCUACAGGAUAUCAAUCAAAUCAACCUGGAUCUUACCAGCCUUCAGGUGGGUACCAGAAUUCUCAGACUCCUAAUGCUUACCAAAACACACAACCCUCUAAUAAUGGUUAUCAAAAUCAGCCAAAUCAACCGAAUCAACAACAACAGCACAAUGGACCAUAUCAAACUUCGCAGCCCACUGGGUCAUAUCAAACUUCUCAGCCUACUGGAGGUUACUCUAGCGGUAAUAAUAAUAACACUAAUACUAGCAACAAUACAUAUAACCAAGGAGGAUACCAACAACCAUUACAAUCGCAGCCUACUGGCAGCACAAGUUCCUUCCUUCCAUCUCUGCAGCCUCAGCCUGCGUCCAGCACUUCUCCAUAUUCUCAACAACCUCAACAGCAAAAACAAUCACAACAGCAGCAGUCGAAUGUUAUUUCGCAAUCUCCUCCUACUAGUGUUCCACCUGCAGGAAUGCCACUGGGAUAUUCGACUUCUGAGCCAAGUCAGCAGUCACAGAACCAGCAGACUUCAAAUUUUAUUGUUCCCGCGGGGAGUGACUUGCGCAACCAGUCUUAUGGGUAUUAA